AUUUCUUCUUCCUUUUUAAUUCCCACUACAGUCCUGCUGAAAACAUGCAGAGCGACAAAGCUGACAAUCCGACACAGCAACAAGAAACAGAUGAAGAUGGAGAAAAACCUGGAAGAUCAGAAGCAGAGGAAGGUGGCGAUGGAGAAGAUGAUGAUGAGGGGGAGGAAGAUGAUGGAGAAGAUGGAGAUGAGGGGGAGGAAGAUGAUGGAGAUGAGGGGGAGGAAGAUGAUGGAGAUGAUGUUGGAGAUAAGGAGUGGAAACCAGAGGAGAGUGACGAUGGAGAGAAGGAGUUAGGAAGGGAAGCUUCGAGAGUGAAAACAAAAAGGAGGAAGGAAACCGUCGGCGCUCCUUUAGCUUGUAAAGUUUGCGGAGCUCUUCGAGGAUCCCUGAAUAUGCUGAUCAAACACUCCUGGGGUCACGUGCACGAACAGGAAAGUGUGUGUGGAGUGUGUGGAGAAAACGUUGAGGAUCUGAGACACCAUCUGCAAACUCACCAGAAAACGUUAGAGGGUUGCGACAUCUGCGGAAAGUCCUUCCUCACCGCCGCGAGUCGAGAUAAACACGCCGUGUUGCACACGGGAGAGAAACCGUACGAGUGCAACGUCUGCCACAAAGCGUACGCGUUGAAAUCCAGUUUGAAGGCGCAUCGGUGGGAACACGUGCAGGAGAAACCACACAAGUGUCAAGUCUGCAAUCGGUCUUUCGCUUUUAGUCACCUGCUGACGGUUCACAGCAGCAUUCACACGGGGGAGAAACCGUACAGUUGCGACGUUUGCGGGAAAUCCCUUGGCCACCUCAAAUCUUUGUCGCGACACAAGCUGACUCACAGCGGGGAGAAACGCCACGUCUGUCAGGUGUGCGGGAAGCGUUUUUUUCUUCUCGAGAAUCUUAAAGGGCACGAGAGAAUCCACGCGGCUCGAGACAAAACGCACCUCUGCGACGUUUGCUGCAAGACCUUCCACACCUCAUCUCAGCUGAAGAGUCACCUGAAGACACACAGCGGGGAUAAGAUCCUUUGUCAGGAAUGUGGAAAAGGGUUGUCGUCUCAAGGCGCUUUGAUUCGACACAUGGUGAUUCACACAGGGGAGAAACCGCACAAAUGCUCCGAGUGUGGGCGCACCUUUAAUGCGUUGAGUAUCCUCAGAGGACACAUGAAAACACAUUCGGGCGUCAAACCGUUUGUGUGCAAUAUCUGCGGGAAAGUGUGCGCUCGUAAGGAACAUCUGACCGUUCACAUGAGGUUGCACAACGGGGAGAAACCGUACAAAUGCAUCGUUUGCGAGAAAGCCUUUACGCAGAGUCACUGUCUGAAAACUCACAUGAAGAAUCACCGACGUGAAGAAGAGACGGCGGCGGACGCAAUAACAUCCUGAAAAACUGUAAUAAUUGUUUCUCCAAAAUGUUGAAAAAUAAACAUUUUUAAAAAGCUUGUUGACAGUUGUGUGA